UGGUUUAGCCUUCAGGGGCACCAGGUAACACUCACUUUUUAAGCUUCUUCCUUGUUUUUACAACUUCCUUUCCGCUGAUGACACCCAUCCCUGGCAAGUAUGGGUAUCAGCACAGUCAGGAGGCUUUUUUCAAAGGAAAACUUAAUUUACUGAGCGCUCAUUCAGCUGCUCCGUCUGGUUACGUUCUCGGCCGUAAUAGCAGCGUUAAUGCCAGCGGGGACGUUUCUGCUGGCCUUUCCCUCCCUGAUGUCUGCGCUUUCUCAGCCUUUACCUGAUCAGUAACUCCAAAUGGCUGGGUCAGGUAGAGGAAGAGGGCGUGCUGCGUUUACCUUCAACAUUGAGGCUAUUGGCUUUGCUAAAGGUGCAUCUCUACCUGAAGUAGUAUGUAAGCCUCCACCACUGUUUCCUAGUACAGACAAUAAGCCAGUGCCUCUGAAAACAGGAGAAGGUGAAGAUUACAUGUUGGCCUUAAAACAAGAUCUUAGAGGAACUAUGAAAAAAAUGCCUUAUUUUUUGGCAGUAGAAGAAGAUCGUGAAGCAAUUGAAAGAUACAGUAAAAAGUACCUGGAAAUUGAAAAGGAGCGUGCAGCAUGGACCCCAGAUUGGCGAAGACUCCCAAGAGAGAUGAAGCCAAGCAAAAAGACCAAGAAAGCAGGUACAAAACCAAAAAAGGCAAAAAGCUCCGAGCUUAAAAGUAAUCUGGAUGUGUUGAAAAAAAUUGAGGAGUUGGAAAAGAAGGAUGAGGAAGAAGAAAAAUCUGAAGAUGAGAAAGACAAAACAAAAGAUAAAGAAGGUGAAGAUGAUGAAGAAGCAGAAGAACCAGAAGAAUAUGAUGAAGAGGAGCAUGAAGAGGAAAAUGACUACAUUUCUUCAUACUUUGAGGAUGGAGAUGAUUUUGGUGCUGGCAGUGAUGACAAUAUGGAUGAAGCAACAUAUUAGCUAUUGUUGCUAGAUGGUAAUACUAUUCAAGCCUUAUGCUACUUCAAACAAAGUCUGGAGGUAGACUGAGUAUCAUUGAUGGAGCUAACACUUUACCUCUGAUGGUUUUAAUCAUACUUUAAAACAAUGUAUUGAACUUUUUUUUUAAUUUUACUAUUGUUGUAAAAUAGGACACUAGAUUCCAUAUUUUGUUCUUCUGCCAAAUAUUUUGCAGACAUGAGCCAUUUUAAGGUUCUCUGGAAUGUCUAACAAUGAAAUAAGCUAUAUGCCAUUGUAUUGCCUCUGCACAGGAAAAGAAUGUAUGCAUUUUAAUUGAAUUGUGCCUAAGCAUUUGCACUAGUCAGUUCUAUGCUUUAGCAGUCAAAUCUUGAAAAUAAUAGUGAAAUUCUUGAUGACUAGAGCAAAACAAAGAUAGGGCCUCUGAGGACAUAAACGACUCAUAUUUAGGAGCUGCCUUCUCUGAAGUAAUUUAUAUAACUGCUGAAAUCAGGUCAUUGAAAAUAGCUAACUACUAAGCACUUUAAUAAACAAACUGACUUGAAAGUACCUUAAUAAUAUGGACUAACAAGGAAAUGAGAGUAUUUAAGAGCUAUUAUUUUAUCAACAGAACUCUUAUUUUUAGCAUUUUGGUCAAAAGGGAGAGUAAAUAUUUAAUAGUAUUACCUUUAUGAAUGCAUUCUAUAAGUAAUAAUUAAGGGUAAUUUCAUUAAGAAAGAAUAUGUAGCUGAACAGAAGAGUAAAAAGCAAUCCUAGUUUUGACUAGCAGUAUAUAAAGUGGCAAGAAUUUUAGUCCUUCACCUCAAUUUCUCUAUCUGUUAAGGAGAAUAUUAAAUUCCUACCUCAUAGAGCUGUUAAGUGAAAUGGUAGAUGCUAGCUGAAUGUCAAUGCAUUUAUUUUCUUCCCUAUAAAACAAUAGGUAAAACAAGCAAAUCAGUAAGACAAGGACAGAAGCAUAGAAAAAGAAUGUGGUCAAGUGUUUUGAUGCAUGAAGUCUUAAUUAGGAAAACAAGGCAAGAGCGCUGAGAGUAGCAGAACUAGAUUUCCCAAAACAAUUAUAUUUAAACAGCAAGAAAGACAAACUUCUUCCUGAGAGUCGACUUGAAGGACACAAUGACAGCACUCUCUAUAUCCCGUUUUCCCCUCAACGAUACAAAUUGCUUCAUUAUUGAUCAAUUGGGUUUUUUUAAUUGGCAAUUGCACUAGUUAGUAGGAACAGAAUGUUCUCUGAUGAGAGAACAGUUUUAAAACAAAACCAAUUAUUUUAUCAGCAAAGGGAAAUGCAGAAGUUUUAGCUUGAAGUUUGCUGUUCUGUCAAACAAUACUUUACCUCAGUGCUGACUGUUCACUAGUUAGUAUUGCAUUACUCUAUGAACUUCUACCUGCAAUAAGCAUUUGUUAAGCUCCUUUAAGAUACAGCUUUGAAGUGUUCAAACUGAUAAAAUACAUCUGUCUAAAGGAAAAACUAAAAUGCAAUGUAGGUCACACCUCACAUGUAUACUAAUUUUGUGUUCAUUAGUUAAAUAAAUAUUUAAAACAUCCUG